AUGAGGCGUUCAACUUCUGGAAACGUCAAUAAGCCAACACCGCCAGUUCCAAGGGACAGUAGUUUGGCAGAUAAACCAAGGUUUCAGGAGGCUGUAAAGAUCGACACAAAGAAGAAGGGUGUCACGCCAGUAGAGCCUGCGCCUAAAGCCUGGAGAAUAUCAACUCUCGUUCGCAAAUUCACUAUCUUCUUCAUUCUUUAUUCCUUUGCAGCGCAUUUCUUCUGCUCAACGCCUAUUACACCAUCAAGCAGCGACAUUUGCCAACGCCACCAGACUACUAUCGACUACUUUGAGCCAUACUAUAAUGACAUUGUCCAGCCCUACGUACAACAAGCUAUCGAUUAUACUGCACCACAUCGCGCGCACGCGACUGAGAAACUUGCUCCAGUCACUAAUCAGCUCGUCAAACUCGCGCCAGUUUUUGAUAAAGCGAAGAAAUCCGCACGGAGGCAUUACAAUACUCGCUUAGCGCCACGCGUAGAAAUUCAGCGCAAGAGACUGGCACAGAAGUUAGCACCUUACCAAGCGCGUGCACACUUACUUGCUAGCGAGUAUCACUCAAAGUACUUUGUCCCAGUCGUUGAAGAUGAGCGCAUCGUGCGUCUUAAUAAACUCUCGAAUGACCUAUUCACUAAGGUAUCUGACUUGACAACAACCGGUUGGAAAGUCGUAGAACCUCAUGCAAGGGUAGUCUUUGCUUACGUCCGUCGUACCAUUUACAUUGCCCUCGACAAAUCUUGGGAAGCUGCAAAAACACACGGUCCACCUGCUCGUCGUUUGGCUGUAAAAUACACUAAACGCGGACUUGCAGAAUGGAUAGCAUUUAGUCAAAAGACCACGUCAUGGUUGAGUCGUCAUGCACUUACUCAAUACACUCGUAUGGGUCUUGACCAAAAACUCGUCAACGUCGAUCAUAUCAAGGCGCUUAAAGUGAAAUUCCUUGAUCCAGUAUUAGCACACUUAGCUGAAUGGGUAGCUAUUCAACGUAAUAAUACAAUACCACCAGCGGUUGAUGAACUCGGAGAGUUUUUGAAGAGUAUGGGCGAGCCUGAUCCAAGUGCGAAUGAGGUGUUCACUCCAGAACCAACAACGGAAGUUGUCGAAGAAGUUGUAGAUCCAGCGCAGAAACUAUCUGAUGCGUUAUCAUCUCUUAACAGUGCUCGAGAGACACUUAUCAACCAUCUUGACAAGGCAACUCAAGAGUUUAAAGGGCAAUUAUCAUCGAUGAGAAUCGAAAAGAGUUCAGAGAUUCGUCAAAAAUCUGACAAAGCGAUUGCUGAAAUGGAAGCAGACUUCACAAGACUCGUUAAAGGUUUUGGCGAUUAUUAUGAAAGUGAACUCGCGAAGAUUGUCGAUGGUGAUUUGACAAAAGACGUUUUUGAAUCUAACACUGCUAAUGUUCGUCGUAAAGUAGUUAACAAACUUCGUGAACUCAGCCAAAGCAGUCUGGAUUACCUCGUAAAUUGGCAAAAUGAGAUUGACAAUGAUGAGACAAACACCAUUAGUGAGAGUCUCAAUGAUGCUAGUCAGCAUUUGCGUAAUUCACAGAGAGAAAUUGGAUCUUUGUUCGCUUGGACAGAUGGAAUUACAUACCAAAAUUGGCAAGAAUACCACGGUUUGGCUGCACUCUUCGAUAGUCAACUCGAUCAACUGCGUGAAUACCAAGAGGAGAGUGAUGACCUUGAAGUGCUCUUUGAGUUGCUCUUUGAACGUAUACUCACAAUUGAGCGUCAAUCUGAAGCGGAAAUCGAACAGGUUGGUAAAGUGUCCACUCAAAUAGAAGACGAAGAGCAAGUAAUAGAAGAUGAAAAGGGGGAAGAAAACGAAGAUGAGAAGAAGGAUGAAAUAGAAGAUGAAAAGGAGGAUGAGCAAAUUGAAGAACAAGUCGAGGAAUUCGAGAACUCGCAAGGAAAACAAGAGGAAGACCUCCAAGAAGAAGAGCAAGAUGUUGAUACUUCCACCGAAGUGUUCAAUGAUGCACAAAACGCAGAUAUCAAUGAAACCAGCCUCCCAAGUGAUCUUGAAGAGGAUGAAAAAACCGAAGAAGGCACACACGGUACGAUAUAUCACGUAGCAGAAACGCCAACUGCAUCUGCUGAAGCUACACACAAAUAUCAUGAGCAUCAGGAGCUCUAAUAAAGUAUUUUGAAUAUUCAUCUAGAAUUGAAAAUUAAUAAAUUUAUAAUAAGAUAUUAUCUAUACAAGGCAGAAUGAUUAAGUAUUUCGAAACUGAACAGUAGAAUAUGUCUUUGUACGUUCUAUUUAUGUUUGUGAUAAUGUUGUAACUAUUAGGCUAUUGCUGUCACUGCCUUUCAAACUAGAGUACAUUAUUAGAGCACUUCUCUCAAAGAUUAAUUUUCACUUACGUUAAUGUGCAUAGACAAGAAUCGACAGAGCUUCAUAUCUAUCAGAAGUUUUCACAGUGUUGUAAAGUCACUCACAGAUUUUGGCGCCUUUUCUACCAGUUCUUCAAAACCAACUAUUCUGAUGGAAUCAUCGUCGCUUUUG